AUGCUAGGUGUCCUGGUUCGUCGUACAGAGCAGCAAGAUGAAAUUAUACGGAACAUUCCCAAAGUCCUUAUGGACAGCAGAGUUCUUGACUCUUUCUACAUAGCCAAAAGGCUUAACCUUUUUUUGGAUGUCUGUGAAGAGUGUAAACCCCCCAUACCGAAGAAGAUAUUCCAGGCCCUUUGUGACUUUGUAUUCAAGCAGGUUCUACCACUCGAUACUCCACUACAAAAGAAACCCCAGAUGUUUUCACGACAGGAUUGGAAACCCAAUAUUCAAAUGACCACUAUGGAAAGGCAGGAUUAUGAAGGGGAAUUGGCUAUGUGUGAUCUGUCUUGUUAUGAACAUCAAGAGAUCUGCAAGGAUCAUCGUUCUAUGCUUAUGGAUGCUUUUGGUCACCUUGUCUCCUGCUGUCCUAUUGAUGCACAAGACUUCCUGCAGAGUCAGAUGAAAGAUGCUGCAGAAGAUAUUCGUGUUGGAUUCUUAAAUAAUUUAAAAAUGAUUGUCAGCCAUGAUGAGAUAUAUGAAGCAAGAAACAGAAAACGUCCAGUUGUGGAAGCUGUGAAAUGCCUUCUGGAUGACCAUAGUGAAAUGGUGAGGAAAGCUAUUCUGUGCUUUAUUAAAGAACUUCUUCGCUCUCAGAGUGUCGAAGGCUGUGCUGUGUGGGAUAUGGUUGACUACAUCUUCAAGCAGUUUACCGUGUCAGUCAGCCUGUCAGGGAAAGACCCUGUUGCAGUUCAAAAGGAAAAGUUAAAAGAGGAGCAUAUUCAAGAUAUGUGCAUUGACGUAUUGGAACAUGUGAAUGCUUCUGCAGAAGGAAUGAGUAAAGCUCUGUGGCCCAAACUCUUAGUCUUUGUGGUGCCUGCUCCUUAUACUCGCACUCUGAUCCCCCUCUGCAGAUGUUUGAAAGAGCUGUCCAUCCUUCGGCCAGAUGAAUCGACUCUCUUCCUGGGCUCGUGUAAAGGAGUAAAUCUUCCAAGUGCCCAAGGAUUGGUAGCAAGGCUUCUGGUCUUGGCCUCAAAUCCUAACCAAAGAGGUAGUUGGGCCCUUCAACUUUUACACAUGCUCCAUACCAAUAUCCACCCAGCAGUCAGAAAACUGUGGGCAAAACAAAUCCCCUUUCUUUGGGAAUCCUUCCAAGUUCAGAGCAAAUCAACCAGCCGAGAGCAAUGGGAGCAGAAGUUGCUGCAGUUUCUCAGAAGAUCUCUGGAAACCAUUGAUGAUAGCACAUGGACUCAGAAUUUGAGUAGAGAAUUAGAAAGUCAGAUGACCAGUUAUGGUGAUGAGUCAACUGAAAAGAGUUUCCUCUGUAAAUGUUGGGGAAUUUCUCUGACAAGUUGUGAGGAUUUUACUUUUGUUCAGAGUACAAUACAAAACUUGAUAGAAAACGCUGAUUAUAUGAAAGCAUCUGAGAGAGAUAAAGUCAUCCAGAUUCUGUCCUUUUCUGCCAUGGGUCAUUUGGAUCUAACAUUGGCCAUACUUCAUGAAUUUGGAGCUGGGGUACACUUGACAAUCAAGAUGUCUAUGAUUAUCAAUCGCUAUAAGGACUACUACCGAGGUAGACGAAGCUACACCCAUCAAACUUUGAUGCUUACCUAUGGCAAAGUGGCACUGCGAGCACCAAAAGAGCUCCUGCUCUCAAGGGUGGAAGAGAGCAUAAUGAAAAAAGUCCUCUACCAUUACCGGAGUAGCUGUCAGGUGCUGGGCCUCAGUAUUGAAAACAAGGACAUGAAUCUCAAACUAGCUCUUGUUCAGAGCACAACCGAUAUCUGCCAAGCUAUCCAUGAGACUCGGAGCUUUCAGAAUUUCACCUUAAGUUGCAAGAAAGAACUUCUUGGUAUUUUGUUGGAUUUCAUUAGAGAAGAACCACUGGAUUCUUUGGCAACGCCCCUUCGUCCCAAAGCCAUCAUUGCUAUGGCAUUCUUGAGCAAAUUGAAGCCAUCCUUGAACAUGGAGGACAUUCGCAAUCUCCUUGAUCAAAGCAUCAAAAGUUUGUUUCCCCUACGUCCUCUGGAGCAGCUGAAAGAAAAAGGAGAGACAGAAAGGGAUGCUUUAUAUAUUGAGUUGCUCUAUACUGAUUCAAUGGAUGCUUUUGGGAAACUUGUGAAGAGCCUGGUUGAGGAACACGCAACAUCUGAGCUAAUGGAUGAAAUGUUCCAGCUCAUAGACCCUUGGUUCACUGAAACAGAAUGGAGCAGAGAGCGGGCAUUGCAAGCUAUUUUCCAUGCCCUUGUUGCAUUUCAGGAAAAGGUUUAUCUCCCUGAGGGAGAAAAUUUUCAACAAUUUGGAUCCCGAGUUGCAUUCCUAGCUCCAUACACCUGUGACAAUUCCAUCCAAUGCCGGCAGUGGGCCGCCCAAUGCAUCACCUGCCUCAUUCGUAUACAAGCUAGGUCACAAGCUACGUACGUAGAAGACAAAGAAAUGGAAUCUGCUUAUGCUAAUCUACAGACAGAGGUUUUUGGGGAUCUUCUCAGGGCAUCUUCCAAAAUGGCCAAGGUGGUCAGUGCUUAUUUUCCACCAGAUCAAGGUCUUGAUUUUGUCACAAGCAUCCUGGAAGUUUUAGUAUCUGGAAACAAAAUGUGUGCCAUUGCUGCUGGUCACUGGCUCCUAACCAUCCUUCAAGAUUGUGGAAAUGCAAUGGAAGGACAGAUCUCAGCAGUCCUGGAUGUAUUCUACAGUCACUUGUCUAUCAUCAAGCAGGAUGACUUGAGACAGUUUCUCAUGGAUGCCUUGUCCAUUGUAGCCCAUUUUCAUUUGGAUGCUGUGUUUAGCAGCCUAUUGUGCCGGCGCCUUCCAAUGGAUAGUGAGACAGGUGAACUUUGGAGAUUUCUGGGUAGAGAUGUAUCCCUGGCCUUGCUCAUCCUUCCAAAACUAGCAAGCAGAAUAACAAAGCCCACAGACUCAGGAACAAUUUUGCACUUCACAAACGAAGAUAUUGUGGAAUUUGCAGAAGAAGAUCCUCUCAAAGCCACCUGUGCCAUCUACGAAAUCCUUUCUGUUCUGCAAGUGAAAAAAGCCCUCCAACAGGUGUUCCCAGAGCUCUUUUGUGCUCUGCUGUGGCAGGUCAGCAAAACUUUGGGGCAAAAGAUGCCUUUAUCUGAAGGCCGACGGAAGCUGUUUGUAAGAGAACAACUGUCUGAAGGCAACCCAUGCAGACUCUCUGUGUCAAGCCUGAAGGCUCUAGUAUUAAAGCUCACCUGUGACCCAUCGUUGGCAGAAAUCAGAGAAGUGAGUAUCUGGGCAUUACUCCGAGAUCCUAAAACCCACCAGGAAGGUGUCUGUCUGCUAACACGUUGUUUAUUUCAGAGUAGACUUCUUCACUACAAAGCUAUCCAGAAUAUCCUACCAUGGAUAAAUUCAGACUCCCAGAAGCUCCGACUAACAGGAACUGCCUUUUUGACAGAAGUGAUUCAAGAUCCCAUCUUGAUAGAAAAACUGCAGAUAAAAUCUCUCCUUCCAACUAUGAUGCUAAGAGCAGGAGAUUGGGAUCCUGGCAUCCGUCAGAUGGCAAUCCGUAGUCUUGGGAACCUUCUCCUGGUGGCUCCUGACAAGGUGAAAGGACAGAAGAGGACCAUUGUAGCUGUCCUCAUUGGAGCUUUGUAUGAUGAAAAAUUGGUUCUGGAAAGUCUCAGGUUGCUUGCUCUGAUUUUUCCACGCCUGAAGGGGAAAGAUGUGGGUUUCCUAUUUAAGGACAUUUCUCUGAAGACCACAUCAUACUUGGCAGAUGACAAUGGUGACCUGCGUGAGGCUGCAUUAUGUCUCUUUGGCAUCCUGGCUGCUUGGACAAAGUUUAGAUACAAAAGAUUUUUUACUAUCCAAGCCAAAAAUAAUUUGGUGUCCCUUCUAAUACACCAGCGUGACCCCAAUCCCAAAGUAUCUGAGGCAUGCAGGACUGCUUUUCUGCAGUGCGUGACGUUUUUAGUGAGAAGGAAACUAAGAAUCUAUAUUGAAGAACUUUACCAUACCACUAAUUUAACUCUUCCAAAUCUACAUACCCAUGUAUGCAGGCAGAUGAUUGAAAAUACCAACCCAGAAAUGAGGAGAGGACUGCUGAAAAAGACAAUGAUCUAUUUCCAAAGCAACUGGGAAGAGAUCCAGAUUAGAGCUCUUGAAUUAACAGAAAUCAUUCUGGAAAGUAUGCAGAUAGCAGACCUGGAUGAGCCUAUUAAGCAAGCUCUGCUGACUUCUCUUGUGAAGCUUCAGAAAAAUGCUAGCUAUGGUUUCAAUGAACAUUUAGAUGUGCCCCAGGCGAGUGCCGCUGUGGAAGCUUAUAUCAUCCAAAAAUGGGGAGAAGAUUUGUCUACAACAGAAUCCUCUGUCAGUGGAAACAAUGAAAUCCAAGGAUCCAAUCUGUCUUCUGUAAGUCAACUUGGAACAACUUUAGAUACCAUACAAGUCUAG